AUGGCUCCCAGUACGCCUGACGCCAAACGUCAUGUCAAGAUAAGAAAAGAACCACUGAUCACCUCAUUCCGCCGCACGUGGGUUGUACCCUUGAUCCUCACAGCUGCAAUUUUGCUAGUCUACGCCAUCAACCCGACUGAGCCAAGUCCAGUUUAUCCAUUCAUCUUUCCAUCCUAUAAGCUGGGAGAUGGCUUCACUCCGGCGCAGUACGGCAAAGGCCCCCGUGACAUCGCAUUUGUCAUAUUCUACACCGUUUUCCUUACCUUUACACGCGAGUUCUGCCUGCAAGAGAUCUUCAACCCUCCCGCCCUCAAAUGUGGCAUACUCUCACGCGCCAAACGAGCGCGCUUCGCCGAAAACAUGUACACAGCCCUGUACAUCGCCAUCAUCGGACCCUGGGGGAUGUAUCUCAUGCAUCGCACCCCAGUCUGGUACUUUAACACGCACGGAAUGUACGAGGGUUUCCCGCACCGCACCCACGAGGCAGGGUUCAAGUGUUAUUACCUCCUCCAGGCCGCCUUCUGGAUGCAGCAGGUCGUGGUGAUGGUGUUGGGCUUGGAAGCUCGCCGCAAGGAUUUCAACCAGCUCAUCGGACACCACGUCGUCACGGUAGCGCUUGCGGCGUUGAGUUACCGGUUUCAUUUUGCGUAUAUGGGUAUCGCGGUCUACAUUACUCACGACAUCAGCGACUUUUUCCUUUCGCUAUUAAAAUCGCUAAAUUACGUGGAGAGCAAGGCGCAGGGCUGGUCGUUUGGGCUGUGUAUCGUCAUGUGGAUUUACUUGCGGCACUACAUCAACUUGCGGAUCUUGUACUCGAUGCUGCCUGGGGGGGAGUUCAGCACUGUUGGGCCGUAUGUGAUGGAUUGGGAGGCUAAACAGUACAAGUCCCCACUGGCGAACGUCAUCACAUUUAGUCUGUUGGCUUUGUUACAGUCGUUGAAUAUCUUUUGGUUGUAUUGUUUGUUUAGGAGCGCUUACAAGUUUGUUGUUCUUGGGGUGGCAAAGGAUGACAGGUCUGAGGCUGAGGAUGAGGGGGAAGAUGAUACGUCGGUCACAGUGGUGGGCAACAACAGACCGACUCAAGGGUUGGCGCAUGGGAAGGGUGGGCGUCCAGAGGCCAGAUGA